GGAAGGGCAGGGGUUCCCGGAUAGCAGGGGUCAAAGGAAACGGUGAUUAUCACCCGUGAGAGGAAAGGGGGUGCUGUCCUCCCUCCUUCCCUUUCCUUCAGUCUGCACCCCUUGCAACCCCCCCUAGCUUCUCAGGGUCUCCCCUCCUUGUUGCUAAGGUCCGGACCGUCAUCCCAGCAACAGCCUCAGUCAUGUGACCGGCAAUGGCGGCGCUGACGAGAGGACUUGGAGCUAGACACCUAGAUCCUGGGUCCCCUCUGAUGGGGCGGGGUGGUGUUACACCGUGGACAGACGGUAUGGGCUGAGGCUAUAGGGUUCCAUUUUCACUUUAUGAAUCUCGAGGUGCAUCUGGCCUUGAGGGGACUAUAAUGGAGGCAUGAAGGGAUAGCUGCUCCUUUUUGGAUCAGUCAAGAAAUUGAGGUCACACUAUUGGCCCCUCUUUCUGUUUGAGCUGCACUUGGAGGUGUUGUGGGGACAACUCUGUAGCUGAAUGUGACCGGACUCUGGGGAAACAUCGGGCCCCGUCAGCCGAACCCUUGCGUGAGCCCCGCCCCUCCCUAAAUGCCAGACUAGGGUGCUGACAGGCAGCGCUGCGCUGCGCGCUGGGAUAAAGUCCUGGUAAGCUGAGUGUGGAAAUAGAGGGAUUUCUGCUGCCAUCGCCUUCCAUGGGCUUUCCAGGUCGCACAACCUACAAGUAGGGAGCAGGGAAAGAGAGAGUGAGCCUGCAUGCCAAUUCUAAGCUCUUCAGGAUCAAAAAUGGCAGCCUGUGGAGGCACCUGCAAGAAUAAAGUGACUGUCUCCAAGCCUGUGUGGGACUUCCUGAGCAAGGAGACCCCAGCCCGGCUGGCCCGGCUUCGGGAGGAGCACCGCGUGUCCAUCCUCAUAGAUGGCGAGACUUCCGACAUCUAUGUUCUGCAGCUUUCCCCACAGGGCCCUCCCCCGGCCCCUCCCAAUGGGCUCUACCUGGCCCGGAAGGCUCUCAAGGGGCUGCUAAAAGAGGCAGAGAAAGAGCUGAAGAAAGCUCAGAGGCAGGGGGAGCUUAUGGGCUGCCUGGCUUUGGGGGGUGGAGGGGAGCACCCCGAGCUGCACCGCCCAGGCCCACCCCCUCUCCGAGCAGCCCCACUCCUGCCCCCAGGGGCUCGGGGGCUCCCUCCUCCUCCUCCUCCCCUGCCCCCUCCUCUUCCUCCCCGCCUUCGGGAGGAGGCAGAAGAGCAGGAGAGCACCUGCCCCAUCUGUCUGGGGGAGAUCCAGAAUGCCAAGACAUUGGAGAAGUGCCGGCAUUCAUUCUGCGAGGGCUGCAUCACCCGGGCCCUGCAGGUGAAAAAGGCCUGCCCCAUGUGCGGCCGCUUCUACGGGCAGCUGGUGGGCAACCAGCCCCAGAAUGGGCGGAUGCUGGUCUCUAAGGACGCCACCCUCCUGCUGCCCAGCUACGAGAAGUACGGCACCAUUGUCAUCCAGUACGUCUUCCCGCCCGGUGUCCAGGGGGCUGAACACCCAAACCCAGGAGUUCGGUAUCCUGGCACCACACGGGUGGCCUACCUCCCGGACUGCCCUGAGGGCAACAAGGUGCUGACCCUGUUCCGCAAGGCAUUUGACCAGCGUCUCACCUUCACUAUUGGCACGUCCAUGACCACGGGGAGACCGAAUGUCAUCACCUGGAACGACAUCCACCACAAGACCAGCUGCACAGGGGGACCCCAGCUGUUUGGGUACCCGGACCCCACCUACCUGACCCGGGUGCAAGAGGAACUGAGAGCCAAGGGUAUCACAGAUGACUGAAGGACAUCCCCUUUGCCAAGGCCCCUGCUGUCCUCCUCUACUAGGACCCAAUGGAAGCCUCUGUUCUCCUCUCUGUCCCCUGCCCCCCACACCACACAAGUAGGGGACCUGUCUGACUGGGGAGGGAGUUCAGAGGGGGAGGGGGCAAUCCCUUCCCCUGUCCCCUGCUGGCCAAGUGUUACAGUGCAGCGUGAGCCACUCCCUUCUGGCAGAGGCUGAUCUCCAAGCCUCUGCUCCCUGCUCCCCAUGUACAUAUUCCCAGUUUCCCUGGCCCCUCCAUUGCCCUUGGCUUUUUCUGGUAUGUGCUGUGCUCCAGUAACUAAGCUGAGAAAGGACCUGGGUGGAGAGGGAAGGGUCUCUUGAACCACCCCACCACACCCCACCCACAUACUGCUGCACUGCUGAGCUCUACUGCUGAACUUGGAUACAGGGAAGGAGGAAUUGGGCUAAUGUGAGCCCUUCCCCCCAUGGAGCCAGCUGUGUGUGUUCAUCAGAUACAAUUCUCUUACCUUGACCUUGUCCUUUCUCUCCUGUGUCUCAGUCUCUGUCAGUGUCUCUGUCUUUCUCUUGCUCUUCUCUGCCCCCUAUAAGAAGCCUCCUUAUCCUGUUCUGGAAUCGCCGCCAGACUGUAGCUUUUAAUUUAAUAAAAAUAAAGUAAAAUAUGCAAC